UUAGAGCCGUUUCUUCAAGAUACCCCAUUUUGAAAUGCCCCCCGUCCUGUUUCAUCUCUCAAGCCACCCCUAUCUUUUCUCUGCGGAAGCAUCGUUCCACUUCUUCCAAUAAUCGAUCUGCAGGAACGGAACACACUGGCAAUUACAGCUAUUUGAAUAUGGAGGGCAGAGAUAGAAUCAAUGAACUCCCUUUGGAUAUACUUGACAAUAUCUUGGGAUUAUUGUCAAUUGAAGAAGCAGCUAGAACAGCUAUUCUGUCCACUUUUCUGAGAGAUGCUUGGUAUGGUCUUACACAGCUCAACUUUGGCCCCGGCUUUGCUCGUGCAAAAUUUUACGGGGUAUAUCACUAUCUGGAUGCAAUCAAAAAAGUCCUCAAGCACCAUAGAGGACCUAUUCGAAAGUUUUCCUUUUACUAUUGUUGGCCAGUAUAUAAGCCUGAUUUUGAUAAGUUGCUCCGAUUCGUCACGCAGAAAGGUGUUGAAGAACUCUACAUUGAAUCAGAUAAUGACUGUUUCAGGAAAUAUCGAUUGCCUUAUUGCAUCUAUACAUGCCGGACAUUGAAGAUAUUGCAUCUCACUGGUGUUAGAAUUGAACCUAUAAGCCCCCCUUGUAUUUUCCCAAAUGUCACUUCGCUUUAUUUCAGAAAUGUCUACUUUGGAUAUAAGAAUCUUCUACCUUGUGCCAUCGAUGUUCCUUUGCUUCAGGAUAUGUCUUUUAACCGCUGUGUUGGCAUAUUUUGUUUUAACAUUAUGGCUCCAAAGCUUGGUAGUUUAACAAUCAACAAUUGUUCUUCUUACGACAUGUAUGAUGUUGAUGAUGAAGAUGAUGAUGGUAAUGGAUUUGUUGUUGAUGAUGAUGAUAAUGUUGACGACGACAAUAGUGUUAGCUUUAGCAGUGAUGAUGAUGACGCGGACAGUGAUGGCUUUAGUAGUGGUGCUAGUGACAGCAACAGUGAUAGCAUUGGUAGUGAUGAUGAGGAAGAAGAAGACGAUGAUUUUAGCGAUGAUGAUGGCGGUGGCAGUGGUAGUGAGGAUGUUGAGGAUGAGGACAUUGACACAUUAGGUGGUGGCUUUCUCCCAUUUCACUUGGAUUUGAGAUCUAUUCAUAAGCUUCAUUUGUGUUGUGAUUCCAUUGAGUACUUCGUUGAUGAAUAUAAUAGAAAGGGACUACAACGGACAGCAUUAAAUGUAGAAUAUCUGGAGAUAUCAGGUGUAUUAAACCCAAAAUUUGACAAUAUUUAUCAUUUCACUAAUUUGCUUCAGAAAUGCCCAAGAUUACGCGAACUGAGCUUAUAUUUUAAGUUUCAUGAUUCAGACUCGCCUACUAGUAUUGGAGAUAUAUCUAACCUUUUGGAGGGGCUUCAUGGAAUGCAUGAAACACAUUACAUGCUCAGAACUUUGAACAUUUCCAUAAUCAAGGGAUCAAAGACGGAAAUGCUCUUCAUGAAGGGAUUACUUGCCUGCUUUCCGACAUGUCAGAAGUUGUCCAUUUCUUGUUGCAAAAAGUUCUCCUCCCGCAUGGAGUUUGAAUUUAAGCAGACGAUUAAGCGUCUUACUCGCCCCUUAACAAUAAAGUCAGAAAUUGCUUUCAUUCAUUAAGAUUUUAUUUGGUUUGAAACAUCUCCUAAAGCCUCAUAUGUUACAUACUUGUUUUUUGUUGUGCUAUACAGUAUAUGACAACAAGAAUAUGAGGAGUUAUACCGGCAUUUGCAAU